CAAAGUGAGCUGGCUGCCUCCUCCAUCCGGAACACAAAAUGGAUUUAUUACUGGCUAUAAAAUUCGACACAGGAAGACAACCCGCAGGGGUGAGAUGGAAACAUUGGAGCCAAACAACCUCUGGUACCUGUUUACAGGAUUGGAGAAAGGAAGUCAGUACAGUUUUCAAGUGUCAGCCAUGACAGUCAAUGGCACAGGACCAGCUUCCAACUGGUACACAGUGGAGACCCCAGAGAAUGAUCUAGAUGAGUCUCAAGUCCCUGACCAGCCAAGCUCUCUUCAUGUGAGGCCCCAGACCAACUGCAUCAUCAUGAGCUGGACUCCUCCCUUAAACCCAAACAUCGUGGUGCGAGGUUACAUUAUCGGUUAUGGUGUUGGAAGCCCUUAUGCCGAGACAGUGCGUGUGGAUAGUAAACAACGGUAUUAUUCCAUUGAGAGGUUAGAGUCAAGUUCCCAUUAUGUAAUCUCCCUAAAAGCUUUCAAUAACGCAGGAGAAGGCGUUCCUCUGUAUGAAAGUGCCACCACCAGGUCUAUGACAGAUCCCACUGACCCAGUUGAUUAUUAUCCUUUGCUUGAUGAUUUCCCCACCUCGGUCCCAGAUGUCUCCACCCCCAUGCUCCCACCAGUAGGUGUACAGGCGGUGGCCCUGACCCACGAUGCCGUGAGGGUCAGCUGGGCAGACAACUCUGUACCCAAGAACCAAAAAGCGUCCGAAGUACGACUUUACACUGUCCGGUGGAGGACCAGCUUUUCUGCAAAUACUAAAUACAAGUCAGAAGACACAACAUCCCUGAGUUACACAGCAACAGGCCUCAAACCAAACACAAUGUACGAGUUCUCGGUCAUGGUAACAAAAAACAGAAGGUCAAGCACGUGGAGCAUGACGGCACAUGCCACCACGUAUGAAGCAGCCCCGACCUCUGCUCCCAAGGAUCUGACAGUCAUUACUCGGGAAGGGAAGCCCCGUGCUGUCAUUGUGAGCUGGCAGCCUCCCUUGGAAGCCAAUGGGAAAAUCACGGCUUACAUCUUGUUUUAUACCUUGGACAAGAACAUACCAAUUGAUGACUGGGUUAUGGAAACCAUCAGUGGUGAUCGCCUUACUCACCAGAUCAUGGAUCUCAAUCUUGACACUAUGUAUUACUUUCGAAUUCAAGCACGAAAUGUGAAAGGAGUGGGGCCCCUCUCUGAUCCCAUCCUCUUCAGGACUUUGAAAGUGGAACACCCUGACAAAAUGGCUAACGACCAAGGUCGUCAUGGAGAUGGAGGCUAUUGGCCAGUCGAUACUAAUUUGAUUGAUAGAAGCACUCUCAAUGAACCACCCAUUGGCCAGAUGCACCCCCCUCAUGGCAGCGUCACUCCUCAGAAGAACAGCAACCUGCUUGUGAUCAUUGUGGUCACCGUUGGCAUCAUCACAGUGCUGGUGGUGGCGAUUGCGGCUGUGAUUUGCACCCGACGCUCUUCAGCCCAGCAGAGAAAGAAACGGGCCACCCACAGUGUUGGCAAAAGGAAGGGCAGCCAGAAGGACCUGCGACCCCCUGAUCUUUGGAUCCAUCAUGAGGAAAUGGAGAUGAAAAACAUCGAGAAGCCAUCAGGCACAGACCCUACUGGGAGGGACACCCCCAUCCAAAGUUGCCAAGAGCUCACACCAGUCAGUCACAGCCAGUCAGAAACCCAAAUGGGAAGCAAAAGCACCUCUCAUUCAGGUCAGGACACUGAAGAAGCAGGGAGCUCCAUGUCCACUCUGGAGAGGUCACUGGCUGCACGCCGAGCCACCCGGGCAAAACUCAUGAUCCCUAUGGAUGCCCAGUCCAACAAUCCCGCUGUCGUGAGUGCCAUUCCUGUGCCAACCCUAGAAAGUGCCCAGUACCCUGGAAUCCUCCCAUCUCCAACGUGUGGAUACCCCCACCCACAGUUCACUCUUCGGCCUGUGCCAUUCCCAACGCUGUCUGUGGACCGAGGUUUCGGAACAGGAAAAACAGUGAAUGAAGGACCAGCCACCCAACCUCCACCCAUGAUGCCCCCAGCCCAGCCUGAGCAUCCCAGCAGUGAGGAGGCACCGAGCAGGACCAUCCCCACAGCCUGUGUUAGACCAACGCAUCCACUCCGCAGCUUUGCUAACCCCUUGCUACCUCCGCCAAUGAGUGCAAUAGAACCGAAAGUCCCUUACACACCGCUCUUGUCUCAGCCAGGGCCUGCUCUUCCUAAGACUCAUGUGAAGACAGCCUCUCUUGGGCUGGCAGGGAAGGCAAGGUCUCCUUUGCUUCCUGUGUCUGUGCCAACGGCCCCUGAAGUGUCUGAAGAGAGCCACAAACCAACAGAGGAUGCAGCCAAUGUGUACGAACAGGAUGAUUUGAGUGAACAAAUGGCAAGUUUGGAAGGGCUAAUGAAGCAGCUUAAUGCCAUCACGGGCUCGGCCUUCUAACACCCAUUGCCGAGUAGAUGGGUGAAUUUUCCGGGAAUUUUACAGCGUAUCAAGUACCCAUCAACAGCACAUUUGUGUUCCAGAACUCCCACCAGUGCACAGGACAACCAUCAGGACCACUCAGUUCCAGAAUAACCUGAAGCAGUGCAGGAGGAGAAGCAACAGUCCCUUCUAGCACAGGCAUCAGGAAUUCAAAUAUGAUGACAAUGGUGUCCCUCCACAAACACAAGGACAAGUCCGCACCGCACUGUCAGAGCUGAAGCUGCAAGAAUAGUCCUGGGUCUUUCCCACCACAGUGAUCUCACUGUCACAGCUAAUGCUUAUGUUUCCUUCAUCCAGGCCUGUCAUCUCGUUAUGUGUAGGUCUAGUCUUACAAAAUGCAAGUGCAUUACUUGAGCCUGUACCAUGCCAUGGCAAACCAGUGCAAGUUCACGCUUUCAUUUGCAACUUACAAGUUCAAAGCACCCACAGGAAUUCUCUCUACAUAGCACCAAAGGAUUGGAAGUUUUUCUGACAGCACAAAAAGUCAACAAGUGAACAAACAAAAGGCAGCCAAUGCUUGUGUUUUGUAACUUAGUCAUUCCUCUUGCCCAGGUGGUGGGUAUUAGCAAGUGGCUGUAACGCUCACCCAUUUUUAGCAAGUAUUUGUGAAUCUACCCAUGGUUAACACAUUAUGUCUGGAGAACAGGGACAUGAAAGUCUGCACCCAUGGCAGCAGUCUAUUUCCUGUAAGAGGAUAAAAUAUGCAGUCUUCUCAGACACGUGGUAAUUAUGUGCUUAAGGCCAUAAUAGGACACUCUUCGAUUUGGGUGGCUUUUGGGCCAUACCACACUGUGAUGACAUUUCAAAGAUUCACCCAGGCCAUCUUCCUCAGGAGUCUGGCUGGAAGAGUUCCCCUUCCUCCCUGUCCCUCCCUGAGUUCUCCUUGGCAGCCAGCCUUGGGCCAGGUGGCCAGCUCCACACAUCGCAUGGCCUCCUGACCAAGGUUCCUGAACCCUUCUGCAGAAAUGGCAGACUCCUUGAGAGCCCUGAGGAAGGGAAGGAAGAUGGAAGGCAGUUUCAAAUAUCACUUGACUUGGUGUCACUUCCACCAACAGGGCUCUCACUGGCUUAGAGUAGGCAGUUUUGGUAAGUGGCAACCAAGGGCCCUGUUGUCAAGGGGACCUCCUAUCCCCACCCCAACCCCCACCCACUGCCCCCAGCUUCCCAGAGUCAGAGAGGAGCAGAGGGUCAGAAGCCACUGGACACCUCUGACACAUCCAAGUUCCAGUAGCUGCUUGUCAAAGCUGCAUCUUCAUUGUGAGCUAGAAUUGUAAACUUUUAUUGCCCUGUCUAUCAACCAUUGGGAACUACGUGAAAUUAAAAACAUUUUGAGUACAACCUUUUAGUUUCUGAAUUUUCAGCUGCAUUUGGAAUUAAUCCCUGUUUAUGCAGUGAAAUUGCCAAAAGAGAGCUAGUUUGCAUAUUUAUCAGUUCGGCAACUUGAAAACCCAAUAGGAGAGUUUCCACUGAAUUAUUCCUUUCAGCUCUGCCUUUGAUUUCAAGCUUGAGUAGGUCAUAAUUUUAAAAGAGCAUGGAAGGGAUGGGAUCUUUACAACCUAAUAGCUCCUUUUAUUAGGUGGGUAAUUAUAUACAAAUCCCUGAAUGAACUAUUUUGAGCAAAAUGGCACUGUAACAGAAGUAAUAAUUCAGAUUAUUUUUUUACAGUUUUAUGUCGGGAAGGAAAUCUGGUGUCAGAGAGAGAGGGCUUGUUGAAAUUGUUCAUGAGGAAGUCCGGUCCAUUGAUGAAAUCAUUCCCUCAAUAAGAGUGCUUGUUCAAUUUACUAAGACUUUCUUGAAGUCCUUCUGAAGAGCUACGUGGCGUUAUUCUGCGGGCUGUAUUACUCUUAUUUAACAUCUGAGCGCUUAGCAGGACUCACUGACCUGGAACAAGGCAUUUCAUAUGAAUUUCCAUAAAAAAUUCAUUACUUCAAAAGAGAAAAUGCUCAGUAGGCUAGUCUUACCUUCUCGGUGUCUUCAAAUGGCUUCUCCAUUUCUAAUAUUCACAAGCAAGGCACUUGACAUGCAGGAAAAGCCACCCUGAAUGCUGUUUGUAAUAGACUGCCGAUCUCAGACUUCAGGGGUUGAGUCCUAUCUUCAAUCUGUAGGCUGCAUCUGGACAAUAAAGACAACUAGCAUGUUUACAAAAUUCUAGACUCUUCAAAUCAAAGUCAUUGACCUUAGGAAAUAACAUUUUUUAAAUACACAAAAAUACACAUGGUUUUCAGUGGGAGGUAUAUUUCUGAUGCAUGCUCUCGAAACAAAAUAUAAUGGUUCAUUUUAGUAAUUAUUGGCGAUGCUAAUAUGCCUCAGAUCCAUGCAGUGAAUGUAAAGAAGUAUCCAUUUAAAUGAUCUCGAGAGACUCUUGUGUGAUUUAUCCAGUGAUUUCAAUAUACGAGUUCACCACAACUCCCAUACAACUCUGUUCCCCACUCAGAUAGCUCACAUAUGUGUCCAACUGCCUGACCAAGUUUACAGUUGACUUUUAAACUCCCCAAUCCCCUGAUCUCUUGACAAGAAGAAAUUUAGGAAUACUGCAAGAUUGCCUCAAAUUUGCUCCUACUCUGAGUCUAGCUCAUGACAUACAGGGCUCUUGAAGCUCAUAAAUCUGACUCCCAUAGGGCGAUGUGUGACAGCCAUCCAGCAAUGCUGCCGCCAGGACUCCCUUCUCCCUGCAAAAGGAGCAAAUCAAACGUGGCAGGGCAUGCUCGAGCUUCCCCUGCCCUGUGCUGCCCUAUCUGGCAAGAACCGCCUCUUGAAAACUUUUGGUAUUUUUAUUUUGCAUUUCUUUCUGAUAAAGCUAGUAGGUAGUUCAAAAGGCGUAAGGCAUAUUUGGAUGAUGCUCUAGCCAAAAGUUAAGUAUUUCUCAGUGAUUCGCAUUCAGUAAGAAACCAGUCAUAGCUAUCUCCAUGUAAAACAGAGUUAGAAGCUUCUAAGAUAUUUAAAUAAUGGAACUUUACAUUUGGGUAUUAUAAAAUACACAAUUCAUUUGAGCAAUCUG